AGCAUGUUCCAAAACGUAUUCAAUGCUGCUUAAAGAAAAAUUUAAACUCGAAGAAAAAUUCAGAGAAAUGUCCCAAAAAUAUAAACAAUUCGAAGAUAAUUUGUCAAGACUUCGUGAAGAAUAUGAAAAAGAAAGUUCCAAUAAGAAUUUUGAAAAUUCUAAACUUCAAGAAAAGUUCAAAGAAAUUUCCGAAAAUUAUAAACAAUCCGAAGAAGAGGUUGCAAAGCUUCGUAAAAAACUAAACGAAUAUUCCAAUGCUAAUUCUGAACUUAAAGAAAAUAAUAAACAAUACGAAGAGGAUUUUGCGAGACUUGGUAACGAACUUGACGAGACGCGUAAAAAAAAAACAUCUUUAGAAAGAAAGCUCGCAGCAAUUCUCGAAAGAAAUAAACAAUCCGAAGAAGAAUUUGCAAGGCUUCGUAAAGAACUUGACGAAUAUUCUAACAAGAAUUUAAUGUUGCAUAAAGAAAAUUCCGAAUUUCAAAAAAAAAUUAAACAAUUCGAAGAAAAUUUUGCAAGACUUUGUAAAGAACUUGACAAGUCGUGUAAAAAAAAAUCAUUGUUUGAAAAAAAGCUCAUAGAAAUUUCCGAAAAAUAUAAACAAUCCGAAGAAACUUUGAUGAGACUUCGUGAAGAGCAUGAAAGAGAACGUUCCAAUAAGAAUUCAGAAAAUUCUAAGCUCAAACAUUCCUAA